AUUGUCCGAACCUCACGGUAUAAAAGGCACAUCGCCGCUUUGCUGUCAUUCUACAUCACUUCUUAGAACCAUCAACAACGCUUCACUAUCGAAAAACUGUUCAUACUUACGGACUAGAGGAGUUUUCUACAAGGAAUUUCACAUUCCAGCGACCCAUUUUGGCAUAAUGGAUAAUUUUGUGUCUAGUUAUGCCCUCGAUACAGUGGCCGCCGCACGCUGUUUACUAGAUCUCUCGAAAACUUUUUGGCCAAGACCUAUUUCUGGUUUUAACGAGGAGCGAACGUCUGCUUUAGCAAUGAUCGCGAAAGCUUUGACUUCUUUUGACCAAGAAUGCCGAGAAUUGAACACUGAAACAAUUUUAUCGACGCCAUUGAAACCGAAGAACGAUAAUGAGGAACAUGGGGAGAGAGUUCCACUCGAUGAAGCCGACAAGUGUGGUCUCACGCCUACUUUUAAAACAAACGAAGCGAAGUCGCGAGUUCAACAGCGAAGAACCAAAACCGGGAGAGUAGCAAAGAAGAUUCAUUCGUGUCACUAUAACGGUUGUAAUAAGACCUAUGGGAAGAGCAGUCACUUAAAGGCACACCUAAGAACGCACACUGGGGAAAGACCUUUUCACUGUUCGUGGACACAGUGCGGUAAAAGCUUCGCUCGUUCAGAUGAACUAGCGCGACACUAUCGUACACACACGGGCGAAAAAAGAUACGUUUGCUCGAUAUGUAGUAAAAGGUUCAUGCGAAGCGACCACCUAACAAAACACUCAAAGACUCAUACAGUCAAGGACAACAUCGCGAAACAACCUACCAAGCCAUUGUUCUUUUGACAAGAAGGAACCCCAAAAAACAAUUUUUGACUUCGUUUGUAUAUGAACUUUACAGAAAGGAAUAUUUAUAGGGGUAUGAAUCGUUUUAAUAUGUGAAAAAUCGUCAUGGAAAUGAUCAUUGUAUUUGCUAAUGAUAAUGUAUUUUGAAAGAGAAUAUUCUGUAUUUCAUAAUCGCCAAUUUUAUAAAUGUGUAUCGCUCGCAAGUGGGCUGGCUCCGCUGUUCAGUGUCAAUGUAAAUGCAAUAGUUAUGCACUAAAAUCCACAGUAUAAAAACAAAGAAAUACCGUUGCUAGAGUUGGCACGUCAAUC